GACAAUAUUGGAAUGAAAAUAAGAGAUAGUUAUGCUUGUUGACUAAUAUGUAGCCUUCAUUUUUUCAUUUUGGCAUUUUAACAAGAGUUGUGCUAGAUAUAUACACUUUUUGUACAUUUGUCUAUCUCACGUAUAAAAAAUUUUUUGUUCGCAGACAAUUCUGUAGUGUUGUUUGUGAACAAACAGACAAUUGUGUGCUGUGUGCGUGAGACAGACGAGUGUACGAAAGAUGUAUAACAAAAUGUUUACAUAAAGCAUUUUUUUUUCAACAAACACCCACCCAAUUUUGGAUAGUUUAACAAAGAAAUGAAGAAUCCUUUGGUAUUAACCUGUGUUGACUUUUUCCCGGCUCUUUGUUGACGCGUUCUGAUCUUCUGUUACCAUUGUAAUCCGUCUGUCCAGUUCAUAUACUCUUCUUCUUCUUCAAUCAUCUCACCUCCUUAUCUCCUCAUCCCUUAAAAAUCUUGGACUGAUUGAUUGAUUGAUCUUCCGGACCAUUACUUGAGCUGGAGACGAAUAUAUAUACAAUUACUUCUUAUUGAAUAAGAAUGAAUGAUCUUUUCUCUGGAUCUUUCCUUCGUCACCGGGACGAUCAAGCGUCCGAUUCCCACUCGAUCGAGAUGACUGCCGCCGGCACCAGCGGAGUGAAUCUCGAAAAGUUCUUCGCCGACGUCGACGCGAUUAAGGAAGAUCUCAAGGAUCUCGACACAAUCUACAGCAGUCUUAACAGCUCCCACGAACACAGCAAAUCUCUCCACAAUGCCCGGGAGGUGAAAGAUCUCCGGAAAGUUAUGGACGGAGGCGUUUCCAGCGCGUUGAAGAAGGCGAAAAUCGUCAAAGUCCGGCUCGAGGCGCUGGACCGGUCAAACGCGGCGAACCGGAGCAUCCCCGGUUGCGGUCCGGGGAGCUCGACCGACCGGACCCGGUCGUCGGUCGUGAGCGGGCUGAGGAAGAAUCUGGUGGACUCGAUGAACCGGUUCAACGAGCUCCGGCAGAAGAUGGCGGCGGAGUACCGGGAGACGGUGCAGCGGCGGUACCGGACGGUGACGGGGGAGGCGCCGGAGGAGGCGGUGCUGGACGAUCUGAUCUCGACGGGCGAGAGCGAGACGUUCCUGCAGAAGGCGAUCCAGGAGCAGGGGAGGGCGGAGGUGAUGGGGACGGUGGGGGAGAUCCAGGAGCGGCACGCGGCGGUGAAGGAGGUGGAGAGGAGCCUGAAGGAGCUGCACCAGGUGUUCCUGGACAUGGCGGUGCUGGUGGAGAGCCAGGGGGAGCAGCUGGACGACAUCGAGAGCCAUGUGAACAGAGCGAACAGCUUCGUCAGGGGUGGGACCCAGAAUCUGCAGGUCGCCAGGAAGCACCAGAAGAGUACCAGGAAAUGGACUUGCAUCGGAAUCAUCAUCCUGCUCGCCGUCAUCUUGAUCAUCGUUCUCUCCGUUCAGCCAUGGAAGAAGAAGAAUUGAAUGCCUUCUGGAUUCAGAAUUGGUCAAAGUCAAAUAUACUGGCUCCCACAGUCCAACUCAUUUAAACUCUUCCCCUUUUCUGUAAUAGGAGUAUAACUGUUUCUUUUUUUUAAUCCUUCACAUUUUUAAAUACCGGAGCUAUUUUCGAUGACUCCAUACAGACUGAGACAUACAAUUAUUAAAAAUUGUAGAUAUACGGAGUAGUUGAUAUGUAUUGAGUUGGAAAAGUUGAAAUAAAUUAAGGGUUGGUUUGCAAACGCUUUAAAAAAAAGCACUUCUUGAUUUUUGGCUUUAAUAAAAUACUUCUUUUACCAAA